GUGACAGAUCAAAUAUUUAUACAAGUAUGAAACGCCGGUACGGUACGAGCUACCACUUCCCCUCUUCCCCCUCUUUUCCUGUUGGACGUUGCCCUUCUUACAACUACAACUACAAGUACCCGUACGGGAAUGCUUUGAACCUCUGAAGAGAUUCUUUUUACCAGUCAUUCUGCCAGCCGAGAGCUUCCUCCACAUCCAUCACCGGGCCUAUUUUACCUAAGGUAUUUUAUUCUGGGGCAUCCACCAAAAAGAAACGAAUCAAAGCAAAAACAAAACAAACGACAAUAGCUCGUAGCGAUCAUGACUCAAGGCUGUUCAGCAAUGGUCGUCUACCCGGCGGGCCCAGACGCGAAAUUCGACAUGUCGUACUACCUAAAGAAGCACAUGCCGCUCGUGGCGGAGCACUGGACGACGUUCGGCCUGCGCGACUGGAAAGUGGUCGAGCUGGGCAAUUGCCCCGACGGGAGCAAGCCGUACAGCGUCGCGGCGCUUUUGACCUGGGACUCGGUCGAGGGCGUCAAGAAGGCGUUGGAGAGCGACUCGGCCAAGAUCGUGCUGGGAGAUGUCGAGAAUUUCAGCAACAAGUCGCCCACGUUCUUGAUGGGUGAUAUUGUGGGUUCUUCGUGAGUAACCAAGGUUACAUGGUCCAACCAGACAAGUCGAAGCUGUGCAGAGAGAGGGGAGAGACGGACAGAGAGUGAGGGAGGCAUGGGGUUUAGUGAUCCGAUCCUUUUUCCCUUUUUUCGGUCCUGUGUGAUGGUACAUUGAAGGAAUCGAAGCCGGCUUUGAGGGGGGGAUGAAGAUGAAGGAGGAGCAUGCCGGACGACGACCGGAUAGUCUCGCUGGAUAGUCAUGCUGGAUACGAAGUACCGUUGUAAGUAACUAGUUGCUCGAUAUGAGAGCCCGCUGUUUUUGAUUGUCAUUGUCUCCUGGCUUUUCGUUCAGAGUCUGC